AUGAAGCAAAUUUACAGAGUUCCUUUCCAGAGAAACACAGAACGUUUAAAGCAACUGAAAUAUGACUAUGUGCAGAGAGUGAUGGAACUAGAAGAAGAUGCCAUGGGACAUGAGCUACUUUUUGUAGAUGAGGCCGGUUUUAACCUCAGUAAAACCAGGAGACGUGGCAGGAACAUUAUUGGACACCGUGCCAUCAUCAAUGUCCCAGGACAACGUGGUGGACAAAGUCUUAGUGAAGAUCUGCAGUUUCCGGAAUUUAAUGGAGCAACAGGAAAAAAUGUAGUUUUUGCCCCUGAAGAUCCGCCAUACAUUUCUUCACAGAUUAUUUUUAUUACAUGGGGUUUUGGAGUGGAUAAUAUUCUUACCUUUAACAAUGGUGAAAAUAAAGUUUCUCAAGAAUAUGAAGGCAGAGUUAAUCUUAACACCACCACUGCUGCUCUGGAGCUCAAGAACCUGAGGCUGAAUGAUUCUGGGUCAUACAAACUGACUGUAAUAACAACUUCACAAACCUAUACAGGGCAAACUUCACUCAAAGUGUAUGAAACAGUAUCUGACACAUCACUCAUUGGUCUGCAGGAAUCAUUAAUAGAGAAUGUAUCAAGUGCUAACAUAAUCUGUGAAGGAAGCGGUGACAUCACUUCUGUGGAAUGGAUGAAAGAUAAAAAUCCACUGAAACCCAGCAACAGAAUCAUCUUCUCAUUUGAUAACAGAUCAGUGUUGAUCAGUCCAGUGAUCAGAUCAGACAGUGGAGAAUAUCAAUGUACAUUAAGAAACCCUGCCAGCUCUGAAACUGCAAACCUCACACUUACCAUCAACUAUGGACCAGAAGAUGUUUUUAUUGAUGGUCCAAAAAAAGUGGAUUUAGGCCAAUCUGUGUCACUGUCUUGCUCUGCCACUUCUUUACCUUCUGCUUCAUUCACCUGGAGGUUUAAUGGAUCAGACACCGGUGUAACCACAAACACAUUUACCAUUGAUAAGAGUGACAUCACACACAGUGGAGAUUACAUCUGCACGGCCUACAAUGAUGUCACAGAGAAAAAUGUCUCUCAAAGCCAUCUAUUAGUAGUUAAAGAAGGUGGUGGAGGUGGAGGUGGAGGGCUGACAACAGGAGCAAUAGUUGGGGUUGUCAUUGGAGUUUUAGUGGCAAUUGCCGGCAUUUGUGGCUUGAUUAUCUACUUUAUAAAACAAAGACAAUAUUUUGGGCGGAGCAAUAAUACUGGAGCGAUCUCUACAAUAUAUGAAAAUGAAUAA